UUCUCAACAAUUGAAAUCUAUUCAAUUCUCAUAGUAAACACAUAGAAAAAGUUAAAGGAAAGACAAACAAUUAACACAAUUAAAAGAAACAUUGAAAAAAUAACAUUGAAGAGCAUUGACUUUAUCAAUGAAGUAUAGUCAGUGUCCAGCGACAGUCCAGCCCGUCUUCGGUCGGACUCCAUUGUUCCCCGCAUCACCUCAACAACCAAGUUCCCCUUCACCAGGCUACCAGGCCAGACAAUCAUCACUUUCACCACCAAAUCUACUUGAUUAUUUUCCUGGUUUAGCUGGAGAUGGAUUAAGACUUAAUUGGGCUCAUGCAGCUAACAGUCGUUCGCUUCUUAAUCAAGCUUUAAUGGGUGACAAUUUAAUGAUCGAAGCCGAUGUCACUCUAGCGGAAACCACUCGUUAUCCAAUUCCAAUAAUGUCCCAUCAACCAAGUCACAUGUCGGACAUCACAUUGGAAGAUUGGUUGAUUGAUGUUGUCCGUUCGGAGACUGGUAAAGGCGUUAAACUGGACUUUAAGAAUACAAGAGUCGUCGAACCGGCAUUUCGAGUCCUUGCCCGACACGCUGAGUUCAUCAAAGGUCCACUGAUAUUAAAUGCUGAUAUACUUCCAGGAUAUAAAUCAUCGGUCAGUCCAGUUGACCCAUGGACUUUUUUAAUGUUAUGCCGAACUCGAUUUCCUAAGUCAAUAAUAUCCAUUGGAUGGACAACCGAAUCAGAUGAUAUCUCAAUGAAAACUGGUUACACCAUGGAAAUGGUUGACCAAAUGGCUUCACUGGUCAAGGAAUACAGUUUAAUUCAACCUGUAACCUUCCCAAUAAACGCAAGCCUAUUGAAAGCCUCGCUCGGUGAACUACAACGAUUACUUUUCCAGGUUCCAAACAGUAGCUUGACAUUGUGGGCUCAUCCUGGUGAUCCAGUUUCGUUGGAGGAUUUGUUAAUUUACCGAAAAAACUUUUCACCAAAUCAAAUCUUUUACGAUUUACCUGAACCUUUACUUACUAUGAUUCGUACCCAUGUCUAUCGACGUUAAUCAUCACCUUAAUCAUCUUUAAUCAUCAUCAUUUCAAUCAUCCUCAUCAUCACCAAUUUCAUUUUACCUUUACCUUUUACCUGUUAUUUCAAAAUCUAAUUACUCGCAAUCCAAUCAAUCAUCAAUCGACGAAUCAACUUAUCAGUCUAAUCAUAAUCAUUUAGCAUUAAGGAGAAGCCAUUGGAAGUUAAUUCUUACUUUGGAUGAUUAAGAUGAUCAAUUUAAUCAUCUCUCUCUCUCCUUUUCAUUAAUCUGAUGAUUAUCAAAAAUUAUCAUUUACUAUUAAUAUUAUUCUGAUAUCUAAAUCAAAUUCAAUUGGAGUAACAAGAUGAUAACAAUUCACUUAUAUAAUCAACUGAUUUCGUAAAAACUUGAUUUAGUUACGAUUAAGUUGAUUAUCUUUUUUAUUAUUAUAAAUCGUUCAUUUGGAAAGUCAAGUUAAAUUGGUGAAGACUAAUUGUUACCCCACAAUUAACUUAAUUGUGUUUGUUUGUGCCUGAAAGUGUGUGCCUAAGAAUUGAAACAGAAUUGGAAAUUAAUUAAUUCUGUUUAAAGUGAAUGAUUAAAAAGGAAAUUGAAGACAAAGAAAAAAAAAUUAGCGAAAAAGUUAAUCCAACAAUUAAUUAUUCGUUAAUCAUCAUCAUGAUCAACUUAAUUUUAACUCUAAUUAUCCUCAUUAUCAUUGACAAUUUAACAAUGAUAAUUAUAUAAUUAACUUGCCUCUGGAAAAAUCUUUGUGAUGUUUUUUUUUCUCAAUCAAAUUUUUAAUCAUAAUCAAUCAUUUUAAAUUGUUCUUACCUUUUUUUUUAAUUACCUUGAUUAUUUACUCUUAAUCAUGUUAUAUUUCACCACUGAUUUAGUUUAAAUCACUUUGAACCUUUUUUUUUGCUACACAAACUUAAUUGUAAGAUAUUAUCAUUGGUAAAACACUUAAUAUUAACUUUGAUUAGAUUUGAUAAACUUUUCAACAAUUAACAAGACAAUUUUAAUCUUACACUUAAUUGGUAAUCUAAAUUGACCAAAUUAUCAAAAUUCUGUCAAAACAAUUUAGUUAAUUGAAUGGAUCACAUUUUUUUCCCCUCACUAAUUGUGAGUAAAUGAUAAAUUAAUUAAUGAAACAAUUAGAAAUUUUUUUUCUCCCUGAACAUGUUAAUCACAAUUAACCUUAAUUUUCACCACUGAAUUCAUAUUAUCAUGAAUUCAGACAAUUAACUAGUCGGUGUUGACCAUAUAAACCCAACCACAAUUAACCAACAAUUAAUGAUGUAAUCAAUGUUUCUUAUUAUUAUUUGAUUGUCUGUUUUUUUUUAAAUAUAAAUUUCACAAAAUAUUCACUUGAUUUAAUUGUAAACCCAAAAUUUAAUUGUAACCUGAUUGAGGCCUUUGAUUGCUGGAUAAAUUGUAACUCACAAUUGGAAAGACCUGUGAUUUAAAAUAAGCAAGCUAAUUGUUGCUUUAAUUGAACAUGAUUAAGAUUGUGCCUGAGUUUAAUUAAAUCAAUCAUAUUUCCCAUCUCAUGAAAAGAAACACAAAUUAAUCAUUAAUCUUUUCUUAAUCAUUAGUUAAUUAAUACACACCAACCAUUUUAAUUACUGUCACUUUUUACUUAAUAAAGUAAAAUCACUAAUAAUAAAAUGAUAAAAAUUCUUAA